AGUAGCACCGACGUCGCAAAUUAGCUAACAGUAUAAAUAGAAGCUUCGAGAGAACCCUAAACCUCUCUUUGCUUAUCUACACCUCACUCUCACUCAGAGUCGACCGGUUCCGUUACUCUACAGAUUCCUUUAAUCGCGCGGAGCCAUGCCUCUGGUUUUGCAUUCCGGGAGUGGGAACAAAAAUGCCCUUAAGGCACUUGUUACUGCAGAAUACAACGGUGUGAAGGUUGAACUGGCAAAGAAUUUUGAGAUGGGUGUGUCAAACAAGACCCCAGAAUUUCUCAAGAUGAAUCCUAUUGGAAAGAUUCCUGUGCUUGAAACACCUGAUGGCCCGAUAUUUGAAAGCAAUGCUAUUGCACGUUAUGUGGCUCGAUUGAAGUCUGAUACCACCUUAUAUGGCUCUUCGUUGAUUGAUUACGGGCACAUCGAGCAAUGGAUUGAUUUUUCUGCUACUGAAAUUGAUGCUAAUCUAGGGCGUUGGUUGUACCCCCGACUUGGUUACGGUCUCUAUCUUCCUCCAGCUGAGGAGGUUGCAGUUUCCACGCUGAAGAGAGCUCUUGAAGCACUGAACAUUCAUCUUGCCUCCAAUACAUACUUGGUUGGACAUGGAGUGACACUUGCUGAUAUUGUCAUGAUAUGUAAUCUCAGCGUCGGAUUUAAGGCAAUCAUGACUAAGAGCUUUACAUCACAAUUCCCACACGUGGAAAGAUACUUCUGGACCUUGGUUAAUCAACCAAUUUUCAAGAAGAUUUUGGGUGAUACUAAACAAGCGGAAUCUAUUCCCCCAGUUGCAUCAAAAAAACCCACUCAGCCAAACGAGCCUGCAAAGCCCAAGCCAAAGGAGGUUAAGAAAGAGGAAGUGAAGCCGCAAGAAGUAGCAGAGGAAGAAGCACCCAAGCCUAAGGCAAAGAAUCCAUUGGAUCUUUUGCCCCCUAGUAAGAUGAUACUAGAUGACUGGAAGAGGCUGUACUCUAACACAAAGACCAAUUUCCGUGAGGUUGCCAUUAAAGGGUUCUGGGACAUGUAUGAUCCAGAAGGAUACUCACUUUGGUUCUGUGAUUACAAAUACAAUGAUGAGAACACUGUCUCUUUUGUUACCAUGAACAAGGUCGGUGGUUUUCUGCAGAGAAUGGAUUUGGCACGCAAGUAUGCAUUCGGGAAGAUGCUGAUUAUUGGUAACGAGGCACCAUUUAAGGUGAAGGGGCUGUGGCUUUUCCGAGGGACGGAAAUCCCUAAAUUUGUUGUUGAUGAAUGUUACGAUAUGGAGCUGUAUGAUUGGGUCAAGGUAGAUAUCAAUGACGAAGCCCAAAAAGAACGCGUCAGUCAGAUGAUUGAAGAUGCUGAGCCUUUUGAAGGUGAAGCACUCUUGGAUGCCAAGUGCUUCAAGUGAAGAAGAUAAUGCUUGGACUCCUAUGGUUCCCUGAUUUUGUCGUCCCGAUUUCUAGACUAUCAUCGACUUUAUUCUGCAAAAUAGGUUAUUGAAACAGGAUUUUUUGUGAUCUAGCCUUUGCUAAAUCUUUUUGAUCCGGAUAUUUCAUCAACGUACGUACCCUUGUUUUUACUCAA